CCGUGACAGGCACCCUGCUCCGCCGCCACCGCCACCACCGCCGCCGCUGCCUUUCUUCCUCGUCCCCGGCCGUGCGCGCCGAGCUCGGGAUCGGACUCCCGCACUAGUCCCGCUUCGGGCCGUGCGCCCUUCGCUCGGCGUCCCGGUCCGGGGCUCCGCGCCGCUCGCUCCCGCCUGCCCGGCCGCCUGGCCGCCUCCCCGUAGUCAGAGCGCGGCCACCGAGCUGCUCGCGCCAGCCGCAUCCGCGCCGCCCCUACCGCUCGGCCCUCCGGAGGCUCGGCUCCCGGUUCACCCCUGCCACCUCCUGGCACCCAGGCUGCCUACCUCACGACCCGGGUCCUCGCCGCCGCCUCGCCCGGCCCCACUGUUCUCUGCACAGGGUCUCGCCAGCUCUUUCUCGUCGCCGCCACCACCGCCCCCUUGGAGCAGCGGGUCCGCCGCGGGUCACCAUGCCCAGCAAAACCAAGUACAACCUUGUGGACGAUGGGCACGAUCUACGGAUCCCUUUGCACAACGAGGACGCCUUCCAGCACGGCAUCUCUUUUGAGGCCAAGUACGUGGGAAGCCUGGAUGUGCCCAGACCCAACAGCAGGGUUGAGAUCGUGGCUGCCAUGCGCAGAAUCCGGUAUGAGUUUAAAGCCAAGAACAUCAAGAAGAAGAAAGUAAGCAUCAUGGUCUCUGUGGACGGUGUCAAGGUGAUUCUGAAGAAGAAGAAAAAGCUUCUUUUAUUGCAGAAAAAGGAGUGGACGUGGGAUGAGAGCAAGAUGCUGGUGAUGCAGGACCCUAUCUACAGGAUCUUCUAUGUCUCUCAUGACUCCCAAGACUUGAAAAUCUUCAGCUAUAUCGCUCGAGAUGGUGCCAGCAAUAUCUUCAGAUGUAACGUCUUUAAAUCCAAAAAGAAGAGUCAAGCUAUGAGAAUCGUGCGGACAGUGGGACAGGCCUUCGAAGUUUGCCACAAGCUGAGCCUGCAGCACACACAGCAGAAUGCAGAUGGUCAGGAAGAUGGGGAGAGCGAGAGGAACAGCGAUGGCUCAGGAGACCCAGGCCGCCAGCUCACGGGAGCUGAGAGGGUCUCCACAGCCACUGCAGAGGAGACCGACAUUGACGCUGUGGAGGUCCCACUCCCCGGGAAUGACAUUCUGGAAUUCAGCCGAGGUGUGACUGAUCUGGAUGCUGUAGGGAAGGACGGAGGCUCCCACAUAGACUCAACGGUCUCACCCCACCCUCAGGAGCCCAUACUGACAGCCUCCCCUCGCAUGCUGCUCCCUUCCUCUUCCUCGAAGCCGCCGGGCUUGGGCACAGGGACUCCCCUGUCCACUCACCACCAGAUGCAGCUCCUCCAGCAGCUCCUCCAGCAGCAGCAGCAGCAGACACAAGUGGCUGUGGCCCAGGUACACUUACUGAAGGAUCAGUUGGCUGCUGAGGCUGCGGCGCGGCUGGAGGCCCAGGCACGAGUGCACCAGCUCCUGCUGCAGAACAAAGACAUGCUCCAGCACAUCUCUCUGCUGGUGAAGCAGGUGCAGGAGCUGGAGCUGAAGCUGUCAGGACAGAACACCAUGGGCUCCCAGGACAGCUUGCUGGAGAUCACCUUCCGUUCAGGUGCCCUGCCUGUGCUCUGUGAAUCCACUACCCCUAAGCCAGAGGACCUACACUCACCACUGCUGGGCGCUGGCUUGGCUGACUUUGCCCACCCAGCGGGCAGCCCUUUAGUUGACCACAGUAUGUUUGAGAAUUUGAACACAACCCUCACUCCAAAGCUCCAGUCCAGCCAUUCCUUUCCCCACCUGUCCAGACCUGGGGCCCCAGGCUCCAUCGCCCCUGGUUCUGGAGAGCCAGGAGGACCAGGACUGAGGGUGGGCAGCAGCCAGCACCUUAGGAAUCUGGGCAAAGCUGUGGGGGCCAAGGUCAAUGACCUCCUGCGGAGAAAGGAGUCUUCAAGCCUGGGCAGUGUGGGUGUGAUGGAGAUUAAUAAGACAGCUGGAGCCCAGCUGCCUGGUGGGGAAGACACAGCCUGUGGACCCUGGCUGGAGGAUGAAAGGUCAGUCCAAGAAGCCUUCCCACUGCUGGACCCUCCACCUCCCAUAACCCGGAAGCGAACUCCUCGGGCCCUGAAGACCACCCAGGACAUGCUGAUUUCAUCGCAGCCCGUCCUAAGCAAUCUAGAAUAUGGGACAGAAUCGUCACCUGGGCAGGCGCAGGACUCUCCACCCGCUGCUCAGCCUGUCUCUGCAGACACUUCACGGCCGGAGUCUACCGUUGAAAUGGGAGAGAAGGGAGAGGCUCUGCCCAAUGGUGAGGUGUCCCUGUUGGUACCGGACCUAAUACACAAGAACACCCAGGAGGAAGCCAAGCUAAAAGCAACUGAGGGCAAGAAAUCCUCCUCCCCUGGCCCCAUCGAGAGAAAUGGCCUCAAACUCAGCUUGAGCCCCAUCAGCCUGGCCGAGUCCUGGGAGGACAGCAGCCCACCUCCGCAGGCACGGACUUCCAGCCUUGACAAUGAAGGCCUUCAUCCAGACCUGCUGUCCUUUGAGUAGAAUCUCUUGUCUUCCCUGCUGAACCUCCUCUUCAAUUUGCCCCCCCCCCACCACCACACACAGGUCCAUCGUCCAGUGGUGCCGUGCCCUCAUCUUCCUUAUUGGAAGGCACAGCAGAGCCCACUCUCUACCAGAGGUGUUGUGGGACCAGAUGGCCACUUGUGUAGUCCCAGUAAAGGAGUCUGCAGAACA